GACGCACUACGGCGGCUGAGAAGGAGGGAAAUGUGGGCGCGGGCGUGGCGGCUGGGCCUUCGGGCCCUGGUGGGUGGGCGCCGCGGCUUCACUUGCAAGGCGGAUACUAAGGGAAGUGGCAGGAUUACGGCCGAAGUGAUCGAGCACCUGGAGCGUCUAGCGCUAGUGGACUUCGGGAGCCAAGAGGCUGUGGCACGGCUGGAGAAAGCCAUCGCCUUUGCCGACCGGCUCCGCGCUGUGGACACGGACGGGGUGGAGCCCAUGGAGUCAGUACUGGAGGACAGAUGUCUGUACUUGAGAUCCGACCAUGUGAUAGAAGGUAACUGUGCUGAAGAACUACUACAAAACUCUCAUCGAGUUGUGGAGGAGUAUUUUGUGGCUCCCCCAGGUAAUAUCUCUUUGCCAAAGCUGGAUGAACAAGAGCCCUUCUCACACGGCUGAGUAGCUAUUCUGGGAAGAGGUACCCUGUGAACACAUGGAAGCGCAAUGAUAUUUUGUUAUUAUGAACAUUAAUGUUCCCACUUUCUUCAGUCACCUGAAAAAAAUUGAUGGUUAAGUAUUUUUUAGUAACUAACUCUUCUGAAGACAGAAUUGGGAGAGAUCUCAAUAAGGCAAUGAGUUCCUGAUGCUAAUGGAAUUAAAAGGUAUUGUCAGUUUCCAAGGAAAUGGAUGGAUCAAGUAUUUACUGACAGGCGGUUCAGUAUGGAAGAGGUUAUCUCCAUUUAUCUCCUCCCAAAGACUGCCUACCAAACUGCACUUAAGUGAAUUUUUCUGUUUACAUAACUGUUAGACAUUGUAUCUGAUCACCAUGUGAGAACCUAAAUUAUCCUUUUUAGUUGCUGUUUCCACCAACCUUUUAUCUUUAUUGAACACACUUGAACAUUUGUUCCUGGAUACCCACUUUGCUCCAAGCAGAGGGCUAGCUUUCUGCUAAGGUCUGAAGUGUUCAAAGUACACUACAGCUUGGGAACUCCUAACCUAGAACCAUCUACUCCCACAAAAGUGAUUCUAUGCAAAAAGGAUACUAGCCACACCUACAGUUUCCCUUUCUGAAAAAAAAACAUACAAAAAUAGCCCUGGGAUAGCUCACAAUACUCUAUUGCAUACUUAAACUUUGCCAGGAGGGUAGAUCUUAACUUACCACAUGUAAAGGAGUAGGGAGGAAACUUUGGGAGGUGAUGCAUAUGUUUACGGCUUUGAUGGUGGUGAUGAUUUUAUGGGUGUACAUGUAACCCCAAAUCUAAUGAGCUGGAUACAUUAAAUAAGUAUAGCUUUUUACAUGUCAAUCAUACUUCAAUAAAGUGGUUUUUUAAAAACUA